AUGGAGGAUAGUAACACAGCAGGAGUCGAUGCUUUUGUUAAUGGAGGUUUCAGAUAUUGGAAUAGAAGAAACACAAUUGUAAAGCAUGUUGGUGGACACAAGAGUGCUCACAAUAAUGCUGUGAUUGCUAUGAAUUUAUUCGUGCAUCAAAUGAGUAGCAUUGCCACCGCUUUAUCAAAACAAACGGCGGAAACCAUGAGUGCCUAUCGUAAGAGAUUGGAAGCUUCAAUUGAAACCAUCAGAUGGCUAUUGUUCCAAGGGUUGCCUUUUCGUGGUCAUGAUGAAAAGGAAAGUUCAUUGUCUAGAGGUAACUUUCUUUCAUUAUUAACUCUUCUUUCAAACCAUGAUCUUGAGUAUUCCAAAGUUGUUUUUAAAAUGGCCCCCGGUAAUUGUCAACUUACUUCUCCAAGUAUCCAAAAAGAUAUAAUCAAUGCUUGUGCAAAAGAAACAACUAAAGCAAUAUUGGAAGAACUUGAUGGUGGAUUUUUUGCUAUUCUUGCUGAUGAAUCUGCCGAUGUUUCCGAUAAGGAACAAAUGGCACUUUGCUUGAGAUUUGUUAAUAAAAAGGGGGAAGUGUGUGAGCGUUUUCUUGGUAUUGUGCAUGUUCCUAAUACUAGUUCUUUGACUCUAAAAGCUGCUAUUGAGUCAUUACUCAUGGAACACUCUUUAACUUUCUCUCAAGUUCGAGGUCAGGGUUAUGAUGGGGCAAGUAAUAUGCAAGGUUCAAUCAAUGGCCUUAAAACUCUAAUUUUGAAUGAAUGUUCUCAAGCAUACUUUGUUCAUUGCUUUGCUCACCAACUUCAAUUGACACAAGUUGCUCUUGCUAAGAAAAACUCAGAUUGUGGUUGGCUUUUUAUUGAUGUACUUGCACCUCUCUUGAACUUUGUGGGAGGUUCACCUAAGAGGAGACAAUUUCUUCGAGAAAAACAACGUCAAGGGGUUGUAGAAGCAUUGUCCUUGGGUGAAAUUGAAUUGGGAACUGGUUUAAAUCAAGAACGUGGCUUAUGUAGACCUUGUGAUACUCGUUGGGGAUCUCAUUUUAAAACCAUUUUGAAUGUGCUUGAUUUAUAUCCUUCAAUACUUUUGUCACUUGAUUCCAUUGCAGAAGUAUCUGAUACACUUGAUUCAAAUAAAGCACAAUCUAUUACACACUUGUUGAUGUCAUUUGAUUUUGUGUUUGUGGCACACUUGAUGGUUGAUAUAUUUGGAAUUACAAAUGCGUUGAAUGUGGCAUUGCAAAAACAUGAUCAAGAUAUUGUCAAUGCAAUGGUCAUGGUUGAUGUAACCAAGACUAAUUUGCAAAAGUUAAGAGAUGAAGGAUGGGAUUAA